GCUGUAUCUCUAACCGGGAAAAAAUAAAAAAGGUGAGAGUCUCUCAAGUUUCUCUGACACUGCUCUAUCCAGUCGGAUAAAAUAUAGGUUCCUUACGGUCGAGCUGCUCUGCUCUUGGACAAUGGCGUCCUUCUGCAACGCCGUUAUGGCUACCAGUAGCGACAGCAGAUGGAGUAUGGCGUCACUCCGAUCAGCUUUACCUUCCGUUCCUCCUCCCUCUUCCUCCGCCUCGCGGUGCUUCCCUCUCUCUGUAACGUUCCCCUCAUCGUCAUCUGGGUCAUACGGGCGACGAAUUUCUCAGGUCAAAUCCAAAUCGUCCCUCGGAUCUUUCAAUGGGCUUUCUCCUCAAAACCCUUUGUUAUUUUCGGGUGCGACCUCAGGCAGGAGAAAUCAAUUUAUCUUAGCUUUGUUGUUUAUUUAUGGCCAGUUUUAUGUGCAUCGCCAUGAUUCUGAUCCAUUUAUCCUGGUUUGUUCCUGGGUUGCCUAUAUUUCCGCUAUGUUUAUGCAAAUGUUAUUGAUUAAUCACCUCAUGUCAUAUGGCCGCAUCAGACCCCAGAGCAAGAGCCAGGCAAUUAGGAAGUAUGUUGAUAAGAUGAUUACAUUAGCAAAAGACGGUUCUCUUCAUAAGAGGAGACAAGCCCUUGGCUUUAUCUAUGAGAAACAGAUUGUUCAUGCUUUAUUUGCAGAAGUUCAGGACCGAUAUGGCGAAAGAAAUGGAGGCUACACAAGAAUCAUCAGAACCCUGCCAAGGCGGGGGUGAUAAUGACCUAUGGCUUACAUUGAACUUGUUUGCCUCUGAUUUGACAGUGGAUUCUUGCGAAAAUUUUUUGUAAUGUUCACUUAUGUUAUAUCUUGCUGCCUAAGUUUGUAUUUUUCUUGUAUCCCUCCCUGCCAGAACAAUUUAUCUCUGCUCUUAUUUUUUAUUCUCUGCA